GACCGUAUUACCCGGGCAGGGCGUUCUUUCUGCGGUCACAAGCGGCGUAGUCGUUCUAGGGGUGGGUCUUUCUUGGCAAAGGAAAACCCACCUUUUUCAUUGUUUGGAUAUCGAAGGAAUGUGAUGGUUUGAUCUUGUGGCGCAAGGGAGGGGGUGAGUGAAGGAACUAGCGAGGACCCUGCUGAGAGCUGAUCUAUUCAUCCUCAAAAAGUCAAACGCGACUGAGUAGUUUGCCCUUCCAGAGAGCUACCUCCGAAAAAUUCUCACUACUCUUCUCCUGGUGCUCAAGGUGACCAAAACUCACUUGGAUCACUAGGGAUAGUGGAGACAAGGUGGAAAUAAAAUUAAAAAAAAUAUCCAAAACUUCCCCCUAAAGGUAAAAGGAAGACAAAGGGACCUGAACUUUGAAUCUUCGAUUUAUUCUUAAGAGUCCUAGAGCCACUUAGCAAACACCACCAUACAAAUGUGUACCCCUCUAUCAAUCAAUCAUAAAGACCUCACAUUAGACUAGUAUCAGAAAGAAAAAAUGACAGACACAACAAAUCGCCAUCUGAGGCACAAGUUGCAGAGCUUAGGACGACGUCUGGAUGAGCUUGAAGAGGCCAGAGGAAAACUACAGAAAGCUGAAGAUGAACUUCUUGACAUUCAGGACAAAAUCAUUCAGGCUGAAGGGAGUAAUUCCUCACUGCUCGCAGAUGUGGAGACAAUGCGGAAGAGAUUGCUCAAAAUUGAAGGCAAAGAUGAAGAGGUCAGAAAAGCAGAGGAUCUUUGUCGGGACGUUAGGGAGAAACUAGAUCAGGAGGAUAAACUUACCAAGGAUCUUAAAGUGGAGAUUGAGCGUCUUCAGCGCAGAAUGUCUGAACUUGAGAAGCUUGAAGAGGCUUUUGGUAAAAGCAAGUCAGACUGUACCCAGUUGUGCCUUAGUCUUAAUGAGGAGAAAAACCUGACCAAAAAGCUUGCAGCAGAGCUUGAUGCCUUGAAGGCACGUGUAAAGGAAGUGGAUACCUCUGAAACUCGACUGGACAGGGCAGAAAAAUCCCUUACAGCAGAGAUGGAGAAACUAAAGAGUCUCACUCAGACAUUUGUGAAUGAACGCAAACGACUUCUGGAAAGGCAGAGAGAGGAUGAGAAAAUCAUACUCAAGCUGACAGAGAAGCUUGAACGUCAGAAAAACAAACUAGGCACAGCAGACCACAGCCGAUUUGAUUCUAGAGAUCUUCGAAUUGAGGAUGAGUUCUCAACAGGCCUUACAUGCAAACUGGCCAGGAAGAAGAGUUUUGAAUACUUAAAGCAUUCAGAUGACCUAGAUUUGAGAAAUGAGUCAGAGAAUGAAAAAAAUAGCUUAGAGGGACAGGAAGACAAUAAGGUAAAAGACCUCAGUCAGGAAGUGGAAAGAUUGAAAAAUCGUUUGAAGCAAAUGGAGUUAGUGGAGGAGGACUUGAAAAACGUGGAAUCCAAGAAUGCUGAACUGAUAGAAAAGUACCAGCAUGAGAGGAACCGUAGUCAAGCUCUCCAUGACCAGGUUGAGCAGAUGAAACAGCAGCUCAAUGGUUGCAGCAAUAGUAAUGGAAACUCUGCAAUUAGCAGCAUUACAAAGGCCCUGGAGAAUGGCAAGGCGGAAAAUGAGGAGAUCAAUGUACGAGGAGGCUUCAGACAGGAGACACCUAAAUUCCUAAAUAGGAGCCCUGCUACUUCUGAAUCAGUCAUCUCCAAGUACAAAAGCAGAGAGGCAUCUCCUCAGCAGAGGCGAGAAACUAAACUGAGGAACAAAGACCUUUGUCACUCCACAGAAUGCUCCCCAAAGACUGUACGAAGGACUCUUAGUCCAGCACAUAAUGUUAGGAAAGGUUUGAAGACUGGUGCUUCCAGUGCUGUUUCUGACAAUGAGACAAAAGAUGGCAAGAAAGAAAAAAAAUGUGGAAGUGGCUCAUCAAGUGCUCUCAGUGAAAGCAAGAAAAUGUCAGUCCUUAGUCGCUAUCCUCCAGCUGCUAAUGACCAAAAGCCUUUGAAGCCAUCGGUCAAGCAAAAUGACAGUGAUAGCAAGAGGAAUCAAGCGGAAAAGUUGUCCAGGUACCCUGGAAGUGAUAAUGAAUCCAACACUUAUGAUGGGGCAGUCUUAAUAUCAGCCAGGGCUGCUAUCAUUGCUUCAUCUGAGAAAGGACUAAAUGAACCUGAGAGUUUAGAUCAGGAUGCUUCUGCAAUGUUGAGUCUGUCCAAGGCAAACGGAUCCUAUACUGCUUACAAGUCUCAAGUAUCACCAUCUGUUCUGAGUGAUCACGGUUCUGAUGGUCACUCCUCAGCCUCUGAAACCGAAUCCACUGGCUCCAGGCGAUCGGCAGGUGAGCAAAGUGACCCCCUGAUAUCAAGUGCAAGUGGAAGAACAUCAUCAAAGUACACCAGAUACUCACGACUGCAAGAAUCUUACUCUGAUGGUUCCUCAAAGGGCCCCUUUGGUGAGGAGCAACACAGGCCUCUUACGGUAGAAGGGGAUACCCAAGAGACUAUGCAUACUACCUCAGGUAUUGAGAUCCGCAGGGUAUGCAGCCCUCGUGAAGCCCUCCGGUCAAAAGCUGUCAUCAAGCAAGCCAUUGUUGAGAUUGACAGGAAGGAAGUGAUGUCAGGGGGAAUCACAGAGCCUUUGACUACCAGUGGAAAGCCAAAGAUCUCCACUAAGCCAGUAUUGACUAGCAAGAUGACCAGCAGUAUCACCUUCUAUCCCAAUGAUCCCAGCUCCUCUCGAACAAGCAGUCGGAGCAGUAGUUUGUCAAGCGAGCCCCCUUCCAAGGAAAGGCACACUUCCACUAGUAAUAUUGUCAUCGGCCCCAGCAGUGAGCAUAGGGGUAGCAUCUCUAUACCUUACGAAAUAUCCAUCCCUAAGAGUGAGAUCACUCUGUGUCAAAGUGAGACUGAUGCAGACCUCUCUGAACCUCACAGUUACCUUGAGACCACUCCCGUGGAGGCAGCCCUCCUGUCUCAAAGUAGCUUCAGCCUCCAGGCUUCAGAUGCUUCAGACUUUAAUAAUGACAUUGAGUCUGGGUUUGAGAGCAGCAGUAGCAGCACCACUGUGACCAGCUGGAGAAGCCACCGUCAAAACCACCACUCAUAUGAUGACAGUUUGCCAGAAAUGAGAAACAUCACUGUCAGGAGCACUUGGAGGAGCCGUGGGGCAGCUUCUGUGGAUGAAUCUGCUCGAGCAAUAAGGCAAGAUGGCUCAGAGGAUGAGGGCGAGGCUGCAACCACCUGGAGAGCAUAUAGGGCAACUACCGUGUUGGACACUCCAUCAAACACUAGCACUGUUGCUAACUUUGGAGGUAAACCAAGCCCAGCCGAGGUAUACAUGCGUAGGAUCAACAAUGCAGUGGCAUCUAUCCCUGAACAAGGACGAAGGAACAAGAAGACUUCUUCACCAGAGAGGGCUAUUGCACAUGAGCCUGUCAGCGCCCAGCAACUUCAACCAAGAGGCCGUAAACAACCCAUGUCAUCGGAUGAUGGAGAACCUGUUCCGUCCUCAUGGCGAAGGCAGCCCACAGGUGACGUGGACCCGUACGAUAGGCCUGGUAGUCGUGGAGCUUGGUCUAGCAGAAACCGCACAGCCGAUGGAAGCCGGUCGUGGUCAAACCGACAUCUGGAAAAUUGAUCCAAAUUGCCCACAUUUCCAACUAGUUCUUACAUCUCAAAGCAGCCCCUGUGUGCAAGGAAUGAAGCUCAUCCCAUCUCUUCAGUUACGCCAUGUCUUUAAUAGACCCAUCAGCUGAUCAGAGUUCCAGGUAGACCCCAAAAGACCCCUGGGAACCUUGUCAUACUCAUACAUCAACCUGUAUGAAUUCACUAUCUUCCAGCUGUCGCUUUGGGAACGGAAGUCACAUGGUCCUACAGCGAUGAAUCCUCUUCUGCUCCUCGUAGUGUAUUAAAGUCGUCAGACAUGACAAGGGAGAGGUGCAGACAUGUGACUGCCUUGAUGUUGGGAAUAUGUGAAAGGGGCUUUGGGUAAUUGAUCAGCAUUUUGAGAACCCCACACAGACCUUUCUGAUGCCACAGGUCUUGAACUCCAUGUGUUAUUCUCACAACGAGCAAGUUACAGCUUGUGGCUUCUCAAUUAUCUCACAAGUUUGUUUGUUUUUUCAUUGGGAUUAUUGCACACAGCUAAAAUGCAUUGAUUAUCCAGGCGAACACACAUAGGUGUAUACAUAUUUUUUGUCUUGUGUCUUAGGAGCCAGUAGUGUCAGCCACAUUCUUGGAGUAAAUGCUAAGGCCAACAUUCUUCAUUAUACAUUGAUGUAAAUAUGCCCAGUUGUCCAAAUUUAUUUGAUCUCAUUUGUAAUUUGCUCCUUGAAUCUGAUCAUGUCAAUUUAUUCUGUUAUUAGUUUGUCUGUUUCCUUCAUCU